GAGAAAAGACAUAAAAACCACUAUGGCAGAUCGCCAUGAGAAAAGAGAAGAGGAUGAGGAGGAGGAUGAGAUUGGCGAACAGGAUUAUAAAGCGCAGAAAGAUGCUCUCAUUUUCGCUAUCGAUGUGAGCGAGUCAAUGCUUCAGCCGCCUCCCGAGUCAAAUGACAAGAAGGCAGAUAAGGACCCCCCUGUGUAUGCCGCUUUGAAGUGUGCCUACCAGGUGAUGCAGCAACGAAUUAUAUCUAACCCGAAAGAUAUGAUGGGCAUAAUACUCUUCGGUACUGAAAAGACGAAGUACCGAGAUGAUCAAAAUCUUCCCUAUCCUCACUGUUAUGUCUACACCGACCUUGACAUCCCUGCGGCCGACGACGUAAAGAACUUAAAAGGUCUCGUCGAAGAAGGCGAGGACACGGAUGAGAUUUUAGUACCAUCCAGUGAGGGAGUUCAGAUGUCGAAUUUGCUCUUUCUGGCAAAUAAUCUCCUCACCACCAAGGCUCCCAACUUUGGAUCUCGAAGAUUGUUCAUCAUCACAGAUAAUGACGACCCUCAUAAGGACGACAGGAAAAUUAAAGAAAAUGCGGCAUAUCGUGCCAAGGACUUAUAUGAUCUUGGAGUCACUAUCGAACUCUUUGCAAUCACUCGUGGGGAUGAAAAGUUCGACUUUAGCAAGUUCUAUGAUGACAUUAUCUAUCGAGAUCCAACUGUCGAUGAAGCGCAUCCGGGAAAGGUCUCGACGUCAAAAUCCGGCAACGGUCUGACGCUUAUGAAUUCAUUGGUUUCCAAUGUCAACUCCAGACAAACACCAAAGCGGGCAUACUUCAGCAAUAUGCCGCUCGAGCUUGGCCCUGGACUUCAAAUCUCAGUGAAGGGGUAUAAUAUCAUUCACCCACAGACUCCUGCGCGUAGUUGUUACGUCUGGCUAGAUGGCGAGAAAGCGCAAAUUGCCGUAGGCGAAACCGCCCAUAUUGCCGAGGACAGUGCCCGGACGGUUCAAACAGGCGAGGUGAAAAAGGCUUACAAGUUUGGAGGCGAAUAUGUUUAUUUCGGCGAAGAUGAGCAGAAGUCUAUCAAGCAAUUUGGAGGACCGAUAAUACGUAUCAUCGGCUUUAAGGAUAGGUCAAGCCUAGGAUUUUGGGCAUCCAUCAAGAAAUCGAUCUUCAUCUUCCCGAGCGAAGAGGGCUAUGUUGGUUCCUCGCGCGUCUUCACCGCAUUGUGGCAAAAGCUACUUAAAUCUAAGAAGAUUGGCAUUGCGUGGCAUAUUGCUCGGACAAAUGGCAACCCUCAAUUAGUUGCAAUUAUUCCCUCCAGGGCGCAGUCAGACAGCAAGACGGGAGCAGACUACAUACCUGCUGGCCUGUGGCUUUAUCCCAUCCCGUAUGCCGAUGAUUUACGCGACGGCCCCGACCAUGUCAAAUUAGUUCGAACCACAGAUCAGUUGACUGAUUGCAUGAACAAGAUCAUCGGAAACCUACAACUCCCAAUGGCUACGUACAACCCGUCGAAGUAUCCGAAUCCUGCUCUUCAAUGGCACUACAAAAUCCUACAAGCGCUUGCGCUAGAGGAAGAGGUUCCCGAGACGCCAAAUGAUGCUACUCUCCCGAAGUACAAGGCUAUUCACAAUCGGUGUGGUGAGUACAUCCAGGACUGGUCGCGGACAGCCGAUGAUGUCCUGAGAAUGGUUAGAGAUGCGCAAUCUAUUAAGCGGGAGAUGGAGAAUGAUGACGAAGACGAUCGGUCCAAGCCUGCAAAGAAGGUGAGAACAACGGCAUCGAGAGCCGGGCCUAGUAACACAGGGAUGAGUAACGCCGAGCUAAAGAAGAGAUAUAAUGACGGCACCCUGUCAAAAUUGACAGUAGCUGAGUUGAAGCCAAUACUCGGCGACCGUGGGCUUGACUCGAAGGGGUUGCUGAAGAAGGCUAUGGUCGAGAGGCUUGAGGGGUGGAUCGAAGAGAAUGUGUAAAUGUACAGGCAUGUGUCGGCUAAGACAAAAGGAAUCUAGAUGUAGUCUACUCUGUGGCGUUUGUGAUGACUACUCGGUUGGUAUUCAUUCAGAUCUGCCAAGUACCUUGUUACUCAGUGUGUGCUAUAGAUACUGUAAAAUAUACUGAUACCCUACUAUUCUU